ACUUUGAAAAGCCUUUCAAAUCAGCAGCAAUUAGUUUUAACUUCAUAGGCACUUUAAAGAAUGGUAACCUCUACAGAAGAUUAAUUGACUGCCUGACAGACAAGACGAUUGACAAAAACAGUUGGACGGAUGGACUGAGCUAAGUUUUUGGCUUGUGUGCAGUACCUCCCACUUUUACAAUCAAGUUCAGAACAAUACACCAUUGAUAAUAACUACUAGAGAAUCAAAACAUGGAAUUAUGUGUAUAUGACUUGCUUACUCGCAGGGGGUAGACUCUCCUGACAUUUGGGUGGUGUGCAGCAUGUUUUUUGAAUUGAAACAAAACUUUGUCCUUUGUCUUCUGUUAUCUUAUUUCAGUCUUGUCUCUUAAGCCCCAAAAUAUCGUUGGCCUGAUAAAGGACAAACCUUAUCCAGAAACUGUUUGGGUUGCUUCAAAUUCCUCAUAGUUAUUCAAUUGGUAAAAUAUAAAACUACACUUCCCAAGCCGGUUGAGUCAAUGAAAAGCCUGAAUUAAUGAUAAAAAGUAUUUUCUUCAAAUAGUAAUAAGUGCUGACUAGAGUACACAAACAAUACCUGACCUCGAUUGUCUUGGGAGGAGGUGUUCAACAAGAAAACUGGAUAUAUUUGGAAACCUUUUUUAGAGAGAACUGCAUGAACCUCUCUACGCACCGGCUGCAUUACCUUUAAAACAUUCAACCAAUCAGAAUUUUGCGUCUUAGUUGUUUCCCAUGCUCUCUUCUUGAGUAACACUUCACCGUCAGCAGAAUUAUUGCUCAGCGGAUUUUUUCAUACCCAGUCUACUCUCUGCCCAAAAAGAAAAGAUGGCGUCCAGUUUGGCAAACCUUUAGGAUUGCUUGUAAUAUUAUUGGAAAUUUCCUUUAAAAUGGAUCUUUUCAAGGUAGAUCGGUACAUGGGAGAUGAUGAAGAUGAGUGUGUUCAACGGGAUGAAACUUCAAGACUUGCCCAAUUACAACGUGUCAUCGCAGAUCGAAAGAGAAAAAGGCAAUCUCUGGAUCAUGAAGAAAAUAACCACGUGAGUUCGAACAGCAUGGAAAUUUUGAGCCUCAAAAAGCUAAAGUCUGACGCGCAAGAAGAAGUAAGCUUACCUAAGAAAGCCAAGGAAAAGAAAACAAAACAUGCAAAAGAAAAAUCAGACAAGAAAAAGAAGAAAAGGUCUCCAGAGGAAGGUACAUCAAUGGACGAUGUUACGGAGCUUUCUGUUGAAUCUGACAUCUCGACGGAUAAUUCAGAAGGGAAUAAAGUGACUAAAGUUACGAAAAAGAAGGAUGCGAAAAGAUACAAGAAUAAAGGUGUGUCAAAAGAGGAAAGAAUGUUAAACAAUGAAAGAAAUAGUGAGCAUAAACCAGACGACAUUACUCAAGAAAAACAAGAUAGCCUAGAGGAAACUCUAGGGGAAACACCAGAAGGCAACAGUAAAGGAACAGGAUUUACUGUUAUCGGAGGUCAGAAAAAAGACAAAGAAGUCAAAAAAGUGCAGAGAGUAUUGCCUGACUGGCUUGCUAAACCUACAACUAUCAAUUCUGACUUAAGCAGAAAUUUGAUUCCUGUAGAAAAAAUUCCUUACUUGGCUGCACAUAUAAUCAGAAAAUUGCAACAGCAUGAUAUAAAUCACUUAUUUCCUGUUCAGAGUGCCAUGAUCCCUGCCAUACUAUCUCAGAUGGAAACUAACAGUUGUUUUGGCAUUGGUGGUUAUCAACCUAGUGACAUAUGUGUGUCGGCACCCACUGGAAGUGGCAAGACUCUUGCAUAUGUGUUACCUAUUGUGCAGAGUCUGUUAAGAAGGGUGGUAUGUCACUUGCGAGCCUUGGUCAUCCUUCCCACUAAAGAUCUUGCAAACCAGGUCAAACAAGUUUUUGAAAUGUUUGCUGAGGGAACAAACUUACGGGUGGGACUGGCUUCUGGAUCAAAAUCUUUUGCUAAAGAUCAGGAACAGCUUGUUAAUCCUAGCUCUUGCGGCAGUAGCAGCCGUGUUGAUAUUCUCAUCUGUACGCCUGGGAGGUUAGUUGAUCACAUCUCGUCAACUCCAAACUUCACUCUUCAUCAUGUAAGGUUCCUAGUGAUUGAUGAAGCUGACCGUCUCUUGGAUCAGUCUUAUCAUGGCUGGCUCAGUAAAGUACUCAAGGCUGCUUAUCACAGGCAAUCUACAAGUGGUGUCUUCAAGAAUGACAGGCCUGUCUCUUGUAGCCUCCAAACGAUCAGGAGUCCCCCAGGAUUGCAUACUGCAGCUAGUUUCGCCAGUAUCCAGCUUCCCUUACAGAAGUUGUUGUUCUCAGCAACAAUGACACACAGCCCUGAAAAGCUUGCUCCUCUGCAACUGUAUCAACCAAUCUUGUUUACUGUGACAGCAAGUGUCAAUCAAACAAACAACAGUGGAGAAUCUACUGCAGAUGCGACAACAGCUGGUCGUUACAGCAUUCCAGAAGGAUUAUCAGAAUAUAUGACAGUGUGUAACAAUGGAGAGAAGCCUCUAAUGGUGUUGUACUUUUUAACCCAACUGAAGUUUCAGCGAGUUUUGUGUUUUGCAUCUUCCCUGGAGGCUACCCACAGACUUUAUCUACUCGUGAAGCUGUAUGGUGGUGUACAAGUUGCAGAAUACUCCUCAAGCUUGACUCCUAGGCAGAGAAAAGGAAUCUUACGCGACUUUAAAAUCGGCAAACUACAACUUCUUAUCUGUUCCGACGCCAUGGCGAGGGGAAUGGACAUACAGGAUGUGUCAUACGUCAUAAGUUAUGACGUACCCAACUACGUCAGAAGCUACAUUCACCGUGUGGGGAGGACAGCGAGAGCGGGAAAUAAAGGAACGGCCAUUACUCUUCUCCAUAGCGACGAGGUGCACCAUUUUAAAGAACUAAUUCAGAAGACAGGCCGCGAAAAGAUUGCCAAAUACAACAUCAAAGAUGAGAAACUACAGUCAAUGGUAGAAAAAUAUCAAGACACGCUUGAGAGACUACGAGAUGCUGUGAAGUUAGAAAGUCAAAAGAAAAGUCAACAGAAAGGGAGACAUGAAAUUAUAAAAUUAUUAGAAGAACAGUUGAUGAGUAAUGUGCUUCAAAGAAACUCUGAAGGAAACAAGUAGUCUCGUAAAAUAUUUGCUGUAAAAUACAUGGAUUUGUGCGUUUUGUGGAACAGUCACAUUUUAGAUUGAAUAUUGCAUUAUUAACAGAUUUUUCUGGCGAAUAUGAAUAAAAUAAUCAUUAAUUUAGAUGGAUUUGUCUUAUUUGGUUCUUAGUUUAAAAAAGUGUUUUAAUGCAAGCUAACAAGGAAUUUCGCAUAAACGUUGUGAGAAGAUUGAGGAAAACAGGAAGUACUUGUUUUAGACUGGUUUCAUUUUUGACCGGUGAAUUGCCAUAGCAACUUGCGAGUCGAAGUGGGUGGUAAGAUUAUGCACCAGGUAUGCAAAUGAGGGGUCUUUCUAUCGUCCGUCAAGUUUCUGUGGUAAUUCUGCCGACCAGUAGAUAAGGCUAGUGCAGUCACUGGGUUAGUCAAUAUGGCGUCCGCAUAUAUCAUUUUACAUUUCUUGAUUAACGUAUUACGUAAGUGCGAUUGUUGCACGAAAAAUGGAGACUUCUUUUGUUUGCUUGUUCAUUUGACAUUUUAAUGAAAGUUUCAAUCUGAAAUUAACGGUAAACUACGAAUAAGGUUUUUGUUCUUUCCAGGGGGAAGAGG